GUGACUGCUUGAAGGAGAAAAAACUGAAUAAGAGCAAAAAUUAUGAAUAUCAACAUAAGUACUUAAAUUACCUUGUUUGGAGGUGACCUAUCAACAUCAUAGCAAUAGGGGUGGGUCAUGACUCAGUUGCCAUGCGUGUUGUCAUGGUGACCAGCCCCUGUUCCCCUUCCCCCCUCCUCUGGUUGGUCCAGCUUUUGUUGUGGUUUCACAACCAUGGACCUCAGCUGACAGAGGCAGCACCCCCCUGCCCCACCCCCUGUACCUGCUCCAAUCAGGCGAGCCGUGUCAUCUGUACAAGGAAGACUUUAGAUCAAGUCCCAGACAGUAUUUCAGAGAACACAAGAUACCUCAAUCUACAAGAGAACUCAAUUCAGGUGAUCAAGUCUGACACCUUUAAGCAUCUGCGGCAUUUGGAAAUCCUCCAGCUCUCUAAGAACCAUAUCCGGCAGAUUGAGGUGGGAGCUUUCAAUGGCCUUCCUAACCUAAACACGCUGGAGCUUUUUGACAACCGUCUCACAGUGGUUCCAUCACAAGCCUUUGAGUACCUCAGCAAGCUAAGGGAACUAUGGCUACGAAACAACCCCAUCGAGACGCUACCGGCAUUUGCCUUUCACCGUGUUCCCUCUUUACGCCGUCUCGAUCUAGGGGAACUCAGGAAACUAGAUUUCAUCUCAGAGGCUGCGUUUGAAGGUCUGGUCAACUUGCGUUUCUUGAAUCUUGGCAUGUGCGGCUUGAAGGACAUCCCUAAUCUCACCCCGCUUGUACGACUAGAGGAGUUGGAGCUGUCAGGGAACCAGCUGGGGAUAGUCAGACCAGGAUCUUUCCAGGGCCUAGUGUCGCUUCGCAAGCUGUGGCUAAUGCACUCCAGAGUUUCAGUCAUUGAACGCAAUGCUUUUGAUGACCUCAAAAACUUAGAGGAGCUCAACCUCUCCCACAAUUCCCUGCAUUCCCUGCCUCAUGACCUCUUCACCCCUUUGCACCAGUUGGAGAGGGUACAUCUCAACCACAAUCCUUGGGUGUGCAAUUGUGAUGUUCUGUGGCUCAGCUGGUGGCUGAAAGAAACAGUUCCCAGCAACACCACAUGUUGUGCUCGCUGCCAUGCACCCCCAGGUCUGAAGGGCAAGUACAUUGGGGAACUAGACCAGAGCCACUUCACCUGCUAUGCCCCAGUGAUUGUUGAGCCACCCACUGACCUCAAUGUUACUGAGGGUAUGGCUGCUGAGCUGAAAUGUCGUACUGGAACCUCGAUGACGUCUGUGAAUUGGUUCACUCCAAAUGGCACUCUGAUGACCCACGGAUCAUACCGAGUUAGGAUCUCAGUGCUUCAUGACGGAACACUGAACUUCACAAAUGUGACCGUGCAAGACACCGGGCAGUAUACUUGCAUGGUAACCAACUCAGCCGGAAACACCACUGCGACCGCCGUGCUCAAUGUGUCUGCUUCAGACCCCAGCAACAGCUACAGCUAUUUCACCACUGUUACUGUGGAAACAGUAGAUACAGUAGGAGGAGGAGGAGAUGAUAAGAACUCAGCAAGACAGUAUAUUAACGAGACCUUCAUAGAUUUCCCUAAUCCUACGGUUCAAAGAGGGGUGUUAGAGGGCCAACCUGGCAUCACAAUAUCUCCUUCUCUCUCUUCUCUUUCAUCACUGUCCCCACGAGCUAACAGAGCCACUGAAAAUGCUGUGACUGUGUCCAUAAUUGAUGUAACUAACAUUCCAGGCUUGGAUGAUGUAAUGAAAACAACUAAGAUCAUUAUUGGCUGCUUUGUGGCCAUUACUUUUAUGGCAGCUGUAAUGUUGGUGGUCUUCUAUAAACUUCGGAAGCAGCACCAGCUACACAAGCACCACGGACCUGCCAGAGCCAUUGAAAUUGUCAAUGUAGAAGAUGAGAUUGGAGCUGGUGCCGGAAGUGGCAUCUCAGGUGGUUCAACCAUGAAUUCUGGUGGUGGAGAAGGAACCCUACGGAUACAUCAUCCAGAAAUAGUCAACCUACCUAACAUUGGACGUUCAGAUACUCUGAACCAUUACUAUAAGACCCAUCAUUUCAACAACAACGUGAUGGGUCUUAGUAUUGGCUCCGAAGGGAUGGGACCAGGAGGGAUGCUCAAUAACAAGCAAGGCCAGGAUAUCCCCAUCUCCUGUACCUCAGUCCCAAUCUCUACAUCCAAUUUGCUCACCACAUCAGGCAAUGGCAUCAACACCAACCCCAUUUCUAUGUCCCCACCACUACCAAUGUCCCUACCCAUGCCUACAAUGGGCUUACAUGGAUCGAUCAAAGGUUUCAUGGGCCAAAAUCAGAAUCCCCAAAUGGAGCCUCUUCUCUUCAAGGGGAGCUCGAAGGAAAAUGUCCAAGAGACUCAGAUCUAAAAACAAAGCGAGAGUAUAGAGAGAGAGAGUGAGCAAGAGUCGAAGACAGAGAGGGGAUUGAUGUUGGGUUUAUGCGCGGAAUGAUUAGACACUAGAGUGCAUUGACAUUACACCAGGAGAGAGGAUAGACUGACACGGCAAUACACAAACACAUAGACUUAUCCGUGACAGUGUACUGAGCCAAGGAUUACCACAAUGGGCCACUUGUGUUUGUAGUAACGAUCAUGGCCAUGGAGAUCAAGGAAUGGACAUUGCUACAAUGUAAAUCUGUGCCAAAGCAAAUGUUUUUUGCAGUUUCUACAAGCUGUGUUCU